AUGUUCCGUCCCGCAGGCCUCAUGCAGGCCUUCGCUGCCCCAGCCCGGCGCGUGCUGGUUCCAACAUCAUCCGUAAUCCCGGCGCCCUUCCUUCUGGCCAGCAGGACCUUCGCCAGCGCCAACCAGUCCCAAAUUGAAGCCACCUCAACAUCGACCUCUAGCCCUCCUCCUCCUCCUCCUCCUCCUCCUAAUCCUCUCCCGACUUCCAGCUUCCAGACCGCCGUCCAAUCCGAGUCCCAACAAUCACUACCAAAGCCCCAACCUACAAAACCCGCCGCUCGUAACGUUCCGCCCCUCCCGUUCUUCGUCGACCGAACACCCUCGGGCCAUCUGCCCGUGUACCACCUGACCAAGCGGAGCGGUACCAAGAAGUUGACGGUGAUCAAGAAGAUCUCUGGAGACUCGGCGGCGCUUCGGGAUAUGCUGGCUCGGGAUCUGGGUCUGGUGUCGUCGGGCAUGGAGGAGGUCAGCAAAAAGCACAGGAAGCGCAAGAAGCAGGCGCAGGAGGCGGUGGUAUUGAAUAGCUUGACAAAGCACGUCUAUGUACAGGGCUUCCGUAAGCCCGAGGUUCUCGAGUGGCUGAAGUCGAAGGGGUUCUAA